GGGAAACCAAAGGAUAACUAGGGCACAACACAACAACCAAUAUGAAAUCUUCUCAGUCCGAUUAAUCUGUUGUUCUCAUCGCAGAUACUGAUUCUGUCACUAAAAUGGAGGAUCAUGAUAUUGAUGAAGAUGAGUUUGAAUUCUCCAGAAACUAUUUUCUAGCCAAGGAGUCUGGAAAGUCCGGGAAGAAAUCCGCUCGAAAGCUUUCCGAAAUCGAUCUCGUUGAUGAACAGGAUCUUCGAGCCGAGGUGUCUAAAAUUGAGCCAAAACAUGAAAAGGAAAUUGCUUCAUUGAUAGAUAGUUACAAAAGUUUGUACAAUGAGUGGGCUUUUGAGUUACAGUAUGGUUUUGGUCUUCUACUUUAUGGUUUUGGAUCUAAGAAGACUCUCAUUGAAGAUUUUGCCUCAACAGCUUUAACAGAGUAUAGUGUGAUCGUAGUUAAUGGAUAUCUUCAGUCGAUCAAUCUUAAACAGGUGGCAACGGCAAUGGCCGAAGUGCUAUGGGAACAACUGAAACUACAACCAAGGUCUGCUUCCGGAGGCUCGAUUAAAAGUCAACAACCUUUUAAUUCCCGGUCAAUGGAUGAUCUCAUUGCUUUUCUUGAUGGGCCCCACGCACCAGAAAACGAAUCUUUUGUAUGUCUUGUUAUCCACAACAUUGACGGGCCCGGGUUGCGAGAUUCCGAAUCCCAACAUCUUCUAGCGAGAAUCGCUGCUUGUUCUCAUGUUCGUGUUGUUGCUUCUAUAGACCACGUGAAUGCACCUCUUUUGUGGGACAAAAAAAUGGUUCAUGUACAGUUCAAUUGGUGUUGGCAUCAUGUUCCUACUUUUGCACCGUACAAGAUUGAAGGUGUUUUUCAUCCGCUUAUUCUUGCUCAUGGCAGCGCUUCACAAAGUGUCAAAACGGCAACGAUAGUCUUACAGAGCUUGACGCCAAAUGCUCAGAGCGUUUUUAAAGUUCUUGCACAACAUCAACUAGCCCAUCCUGAUGAUGAAGGAAUGCCCAUUGAUGUGUUGUUCACAAGCUGUAGAGAGCGUUUUCUGGUCAGCAGUCUAGUCACGCUAAAUUCCCAUCUGACCGAAUUCAAAGAUCACGAAUUGGUCAAACUACGAAGACACUCUGAUGGACAGGAUUGCUUGUACAUUCCUCUCUCAAAAGACGCACUCGAAAAACUGGUGCAGGAGAUCAACCAAUAGGAUGUUGCCACAUGAGUUGGUUUAUAGGGAAUGAUGUUUUAGGCAAAAUUGUUGGCAGGUAGGAAUUGAUGAUGUAAUGUUUUGGUUUGGUACAUAAGUUAUGUUUAUUGUACCAUUUCAUAUGGUUAGUGACAAUGAUGGAACUUAUGAGGUCACCUUGUGAGCAUUGAGGGACCAUGAGUUGAUUGCAUUGCUACUUUGAACCAUUUAAUUGUAUGGCUUAACUACACAUUGUCAAAACUCAUAAGGACCUUGUGGAUUG